GGACCGAAUCGUCCCGUCUCCUCCUGUCUCGUGCGCGAGCGGGCCCAGGUCCGUCUUCUCCACCGCGGAUGAUCAGCUGGCUGGUGCCGCACUGGUGUGGAUAUCCGACCAAGUUUAACAGCUUCUGCUAAGGCAUUUCCUUGUGAGUCUUCGGCAUGGCAAUCCGCUUCUUGGGCAGUCAGUCUCUAUCUCCAGCAUGGGAGCACCAGAAGCUGUCCUCAGCCUUUGGUCGAUCACAACGCCCUCAUCCCUCCUUGGGAUGAGUUGUAGCUCGAUCGGAUUGGUGCGGAGCAGCGAUCGGCCGUCAGAGAUGCAGCAGCCUGCUCGCUGUUCGGGCCAACAUGAGCAGUCAGACAGAGUGUAUGCGCUGGGCCACCACUCCUUCAGCAGAAGAGCAUUCCGUCCGCUUUGCCAUUGCCGAAACUCUUCAGGGAAUGCCCUCCAACGCUCCCGUGAAAAUCUUCGGGAGAAAACCGCUCAACUUAAGCCACGACAGCCGGGAGUUCCCAGCCAAAUUCUGCGUGCCAGUGACACCUUACUCCAGGGACCCGGCCGAUAGCCUAUCAACGAUGAGAUUCGCGAAGUGACUGCCGGGUCAGUUGGAGGGAGGGAAUUUUCCCGUUUCUGACCACAAAGCGGAUACCGCGCCAACAGAUUCCCAUCAACGUCUCCAAUGACAGCCGCCAGCUACCACCCUCAAUUCGUCAAGGCAUGGGAUGCCAUCCCAUCUCUAGUACCAGAAUCCAGGAACUUGUAUGCGGUCGACGACUUUGUCAGUCAUCCUGUGGAUAAGGUCGCUGCAUCUUGCAAUGCCCAGUUGGCGAUCGUUCCAAGGAAACGGCGUUGAGAAAAGAGGCAUUUUUGGCGGGAAUAGGACAAAGCUCCUGCGUAGACUUGAGCCGGUC